AGGCUCUGGUGCGUCGCGGGGCACAUAACUUGUGAGGUCCAUGUUCACGUCCAUGGAAAGCCGCGGCCAUGGCUAUCCCAACCUCCACACUGUCCCUUUCCACGACAUGUCUCGCAGUGACUAGACCUGCCUCAACCUACACGGCGCAGUACUCGAGCGGGGAGGUCGCGUUCCUGCCCACCACAACAUACACAGCGCCGACCACCAUACUCCACACCUACCCGGCGACCAUCGAAGCACGCUGUUUCACCCUCGGUCCGGGCCAGACAGUUCCGCCCGGGGUAUCUUUCGUCGGCGCGUCCUGCUCGACCGACUACUACCCGGGCAGCACGGAAACAACCACGUACACGCAAACGCCCGGCCAGCCGCGCGUGGCGUUCGGGGAGACCCUGGAUGUCUACACGGGGACGACGACGCGAUACACCACCGCAACUUACACCAUUGAGCCGCGGACCGACAUCUCAUGCCGCACCAUACCUGACGUGCACAACCCGGCCACCUGCGACAGCGUCACGCCGCUGACAUGGGCGUCGCUGAUCCUGACCUUUAUCAUCGUGCACCUUACCUGGUGGCUGUUCGACCUGCCGCUGCUGUGGAAGAAACGGGAGUCUGAUGAUAACCCCCAGUACCAGGACCAGCACCAGUACCAGGACCCGCACCAGUAUCAAAACCAGCUCGACAACCGCAACAACACCACCACCAACCCCAAGCCCGACGCGGCAGCCGACGCCAACGACCGCGUCGGCCUCGCCGGCUUCCUCUUCGCCAUCGCAUGGGCGUGCCUGCGGUCCAACGCGCCCGGGUGCGCGGCGCUGUACGCGCUCGUCGCGGGCCGCGGCACGGGCGAGUACGCGGCGCUGUACUACCUGGGCGUGCGGCGCGAGCGGGACGGGCGCGCGCCCGAGUUUACGACCUGGAAGCUGGUGACCUGCGUCGGGGCGGACUUGUUGAGUCUGGCUGUGGUGGGUGUGACGGUGUAUCAGGCUUGUACGCUGCCCGAGUAUUCGCCGAGGCGGUGGGGGGUCAGUCUGUGGGCGUAUCCGUCGUUGCCGACGGCGUUGAUUGGGCUGUGUUUGUUGGUGGGGAAGUAUUGCUUCCCGCGCACGCGGCGGGCGGCGGUGGGGUUGGUGGUCAUGGUGGUGGGUGUUGUGGUGGUGGUCGGGGCGGCGCUGGCGCUGCUGCUGUGGCGGUUCGACCGGCCAAACGAUACGUGGUUUAUGUCGGUUCUCUUCUACGGCUUCAUGGCGUUCCCGGCGGUGCUCUUUGGGGGUCCUUUCGUUCUCCUCGCCAUCGCGUAUGGCUGCUUCGGUCGCAUCGGCGGCGUCACCGUGGCCGCGUGGCAGCAUUACGCCGGCGGUCAGCCGUACUGCAAGAUGCCCGGCCUGGGGUUUGCCGUCGUGUACCUGACCUUGGGACUCAUAUCUGCGUUGCUUGCCCUCCUCGCAAUGGCUCUAUAUCACACGGACGUGGGCUGGCGGACAUGGUAUAAGUCUCUGGAUCCGCAAGCUUCGCCGACUGGUAUUUCAGGCUUGGAAACCAGGACUUGGGAACCGAACGAGGGGAGCCAGAAUAAUGUCACGUACUAUUUCGGGUCUGUGACUCAACGUUUUGCAACUGAAGCUGUUGAGGCACUUGUCGACGAAAGGAAACUCAAGUGGACGAUCCCUUGAGAAGGAUAUCGUCCAUGAAUUCUGGUCUACCGACCGACGAUAUCAUUUACAAGCAAUCCAACAUGGUCAAUAUACGAUCUAGGAUGAGAGGGAAGCUUGGCAGACGAGCAGG